CGAAACAGUAACGUUGGUAGUGAGAGACAUGCUUGGUGCGAACUGGCUGUCGCCGCCGCAGUACAUCGACUUUACAGACUUAAAUUAAACGAUUUAGCGUUGUAAUUUCAUUACAAUAUAGUGGCGGCAUCAGGAUAUAGCAGCUAAGUAUUUAAGCUCCGUGUUCGUCUCGAAGAAUCUCGAAUGCUCUUUCUGACAAGUUAACGUAGAAGUCGGCAAACUUAACUUUGCUGUUGGGAGAUCGUGUAGGGCAUUUAUUAUUUCCAAAAUAACUUUUAUUCAGAAAAUGGCCGAGACGGCCAUCGUCAGUGUUAACUUACCACAAGAAGACAGAUCAGUUGUAAACAUGGGACCUCCACCGCAACAGUAUCUGGAGACUGAGGCAGUCGUAGGCAGCCUCAUCACUGAAGCCGCUUAUUCUACCAAGGAUUCCAGUAACGUUAGCAAAGUGCCGGCGAAUCGAGGCCACGCACCUGCACCUGCACCUCCUCAGCCGGUCUCGGAUCCCUCACAGGCACCCCCUCGUCCAUGUAAACGUAAGUCUAGCAGUUGUGAAAACGGCGACAGUAGCCAAAGACCAGUGACUGUAAAAAAGCAGCAGCAACCAAAGAAGAAAAAGUUCGAAUAUGGCAAUUACAGCCAGUAUUAUGGUUACCGCUACUUGGGACUAAAUGAUGACCCGCGCUUACGGGCUUUCAGACGUGAGUGGUUCCAGGGAAAUACGGUGCUUGACAUUGGAUGCAACGCCGGACAUGUCACACUGUUCAUUGCCAAGCACUGGAGGCCAGGUAGAAUAGUUGGGAUGGACAUUGAUGGUGGGUUGAUCUACACUGCAAGACAAAAUAUCAAACGCUACCUUUCAGAUACACAAGCCAAGGAGGACAGGGAUAACAUUAAAGAUGCCGGUGCUGCUGUAGGUGAGGUCUCUGUGAAUUCCUUAAACGCACAGGUGAAGGAAGCUGAAAUGGAGAACAUCUCAGGGGACCAAGAAGAGGCCCACUCCCCCCCUCUCGUGUCUGGAAAUGCCUCCGUGUCUGUACCUCUCCCCCACACACCCAGUAACCCCCCGGGGAACUUCCCUGAGAACGUGUGCUUUGUUCGUGCUAACUAUGUCCUGGAGAGCGAGCAGCUCCUGCUGACCCAACGGGAGGAGUACAACGUGAUCUUGUGCCUCAGCGUCACCAAGUGGAUUCAUCUGAACUGGGGUGACGCCGGUCUCAAGCGGCUCUUCCGUCGAGUGCACAAGCAUCUUCUGCCUGGAGGGCUCUUUAUCCUGGAGCCCCAGCCCUGGAGCUCGUACAACAGGAGAAGGAAGCUCACAGACACCACCUCCAAGAACUACACGAGCAUCCAGCUCAAACCAGAUCUGUUCGCCUCAUACCUCACGUCUGAGGUGGGCUUCAGCGGCUACAAGCUCAUAGGAACACCUAAGAGCUCAUCGCAAGGCUUUGAGAGACCCAUCUAUGUUUUUCACAAAGAUAACACACCUUCAGAACAAGUUGUAUGAUGUUUUUCAAGUGUCUAUUUCAUGAUCCAAGUGAGGAUGUCCUACAGAUGUCUGUGUGUACAUUUUAUGUUGGAUAACUGGAUAAAACUGUGUACUUUGCACUUAACUGAUGCCUUAUUGAUCUCCAGAGAGCUAGACAUGACCGACUAUGUCGUUGAAUGUUGUACUUAAAUGAAUACUUAACUUUAAGCAUUGUUGACUGCUACCAAAAAGUGUUCCUGGUUUUCUGUUCAUUAAAUUUUUUUGUUAAACCUUGAA